AAUUGUGUUUUGUUCCCGCUCAAUUUGACGUUAUCAAGUGGCUUUUGAAUUUGGUCGGGUAUAAAGGCUAAUAACAUUGAGUCAAGGCUAGCCGGUUUUCCUAUUUAUUUGUCAUCGACAGUGCCGCAGUUAUUAUCUACAUUGAACACGGAGAGCACGAUUGAUAUAAAAUGGCUUUAGCUCUAUACUACACUGCUGGCUCCGCCCCGUGCCGACUGGUCCUGCUGGUCGCUGCAGCCCUCAACAUCCAGCUAGACUUGAACCCCGUCGACUUGAGAGCAGGAGAGCAAUUUAAUCCGAACUUUUUGAAGCUGAACCCUCAACACACUGUGCCAACCCUCGUUGAUGGCGACUUCUCACUCUGGGAGUCUCGUGCCAUCAGCAGAUACUUGAUCUCCAAAUACGGCAAAGACAACAACAGCCUGUACCCGAGCGAUCCUCAGACGAGGGCUGUAGUUGAUCAGAGGUUGGACUUCGAUUUGGGCACCUUGUAUCCAAGAUUUGGAGGAUAUUUCUAUCCACAAAUCUUCGGUGGGGCGAAACCUGAUGCUGCUCUUCUGAAGAAAUUGGAGGAAGCUCUAGUGUUCCUGAACACUUUCCUAGAGGGCCACACAUACGCUGUUGGGGACAAGUUGACCUUGGCUGACCUCAGUCUUGUGGCUACAGUGUCCACGAUUGACGCCACCGAAAUCGUCAGCUUGGAUAAAUACCCUAAUGUUCAGAAGUGGUUCGAACUGGUAAAAACAACGGCACCUGGAUAUGAAAAGGCCAACCAGGCUGGUAUCGAUGAAUUCAAAGCUCUUCUAGCUUCAUUCAAAGCAAAAACUGAGUUGUAAGUUUCUCAAUAAUAAUAAGUAAACUUUGCAUUUAUUUAUAAAAAAUGUAAUACUGCUUGUUUUUUUAUACAUUUUUACAAAACAUUAUAGUUUCAGCAUCGAUUUCAUUCUAAGCGCCUACGAAUAUUUUACAUAAAGCGACUGAAACUGUUAUAAUACUAUUGUAUUGUACUCAAAAUAAAACACAGAAAA